AUUCAGGGGUUUAUCGCACGAAAAAACGCUCACAUGGAGGACAAGGAGUUCUCGUGUAUGGAUGGCUCGUUGCCUAAGUAUCGAGAGGGCAAUUACGAUCGGGUGGUCGGUGUGAUUGGGGGCCAGUCGAGCACAGUUAGCAUACAGUUGGCCAAUCUGUUGCGGCUGUUCAAAGUGCCACAGAUCAGCUACCAGUCCACGAGUACCACACUAUCCAACAAACAAAAGUACGAAUACUUUUUCCGUACUGUGCCUUCAGAUGUCAAUCAAGUGCAGGCCAUCCUCGAGAUCUUGAAAGUAUUUAAGUGGACGUAUGUAUCGGUGGUGUAUUCGGACACCGAUUACGGUAACAAAGGGUACGAACACUUGCAAGAGUUGGCAAAGUAUCACAACAUCUGCUUCUCGAGCCCUCAGGCCAUCAAUGAUGAGCACUUCUCGACAUCCGAUUACGACAAUGUCAUCAAAAAUCUCAUGCAUAAGAUUAAUGCCAGGGUAUUUAAGUGGACGUAUGUAUCGGUGGUGUAUUCGGACACCGAUUACGGUAACAAAGGGUACGAACACUUGCAAGAGUUGGCAAAGUAUCACAACAUCUGCUUCUCGAGCCCUCAGGCCAUCAAUGAUGAGCACUUCUCGACAUCCGAUUACGACAAUGUCAUCAAAAAUCUCAUGCAUAAGAUUAAUGCCAGGGGUAAGACAUCUCAUUCAUUACAAUCA